AAUCACCUCGCAACAAAGCUGCACCGCAGCAACAAACCUUUGGCCAGAAGCUGAAGUACUACUGAUCUGAUCCAGUAUGGCAAUCGCGCCGAGGAUCAUGGCGGUCCUGGCUCUCGGCCUAGCACUCCUCUGCGCUGCCGCCGCGCAGAACUGCGGCUGCCAGGCAGGUUACUGCUGCAGCAAGUUCGGUUACUGCGGCACGACCGACGAGUACUGCGGCGACGGGUGCCAGUCGGGCCCGUGCCGCUCUGGCGGCGGCAGCAGUGGAGGUGGGAACGUGGCUGGCGUUGUCACCGACGCAUUCUUCAACAGCAUCAAGAACCAGGCCGGGAACGGGUGCGAGGGCAAGAACUUCUACACCCGGAGCGCGUUCCUGAGCGCCGCCGACGCGUACAAAGGCUUCGGUGGCAGGUCGGUGCAGGGCAAGCGCGAGAUCGCCGCCUUCUUCGCCCACAUCACGCACGAGACCGGACAUUUCUGCUACAUCAGCGAGAUCAACAAGAACAACGCCUACUGCGACUCGAGCAACAGGCAGUGGCCGUGUGCCGCGGGUCAGAAGUACUACGGGCGCGGCCCGCUGCAAAUCUCGUGGAACUACAACUACGGGCCUGCCGGGAGGGACAUCGGCUUCGACGGGCUUCGGAACCCGGACAGGGUGGCGCAGGACGCCGUGGUCGCGUUCAAGACGGCGCUCUGGUUCUGGACCAACAACGUGCACGGGGUGAUGUCGCAGGGGUUCGGCGCCACCAUCAGGGCCAUCAACGGCGCCCUCGAGUGCAACGGCAAGAAUACUGCCCAGAUGAACGCGCGGGUGGGCUACUACAGGCAGUACUGCCAGCAGCUCGGCGUCGACCCCGGACCCAACCUCACUUGCUAGGUAGCUAGGCGAGCGGCGUCGGCGAGUCCUUUGGCUCCUCGUCGCACGGCUCGUCCAGAAUAAAUAAAUGCUUGGCAUCGCACCCUUCGCGAAACCUAGUUUUGCGACGGAACGUGCUAGCAAGCAGUAAUAAUAAAACGCCGGGGCUGAGCCCGUUUGUUCAACCGGAAUAAUGAAGCAACUGUAUUAUAUGCAUGUUGCCUCGAAACAGUGUGUACGAUUGCAGAUCGCUUGUACUCUUUACGGUUGCAGCGAGGGUUUAAAAACUGAACCAA